UUUCAUGUAGAAAUUGAAAUAAAACGAAAAAAAAAAAUUUCUCUUGAAUUGAUGUAGAUGUGAACGCCUAAUGAAUUUCCAUUUCGAAUGAAAUAAUCAACGCGUCGACGUUUUGUUCUGUAUUGAACCAUAAACAAGAACCGAUGCCAAAAACAUAUAUAAACAAAACAAAAAAGUGAGAAAAAAAAGUUAAAUUUAGAUCACGAAUCAUCGAAAUAAGAAUCGUUUGGCUGCAAUCAUUUUUUUACAAUGUUUUGUGGCUUUGGUGAAGACGUCUUCAACACACACUCACAAGCAAAAUUUCUUGUUGUUGACGAAUAAAACACAAACAAAAUGUCCAACGAAUUAAAAACAAUUAAAAUCAGUCUUAGUGAUCGUGAACGAAAUUUUUGUGAAGAUGACCAACAUCGAUCAGAAACAAAUCUUAAAGAUUUGAUUCUAUUCACUAAAGAAAAUGAACUUGAUGAACAAAAACCAUUGGAUGAAGAAAAAUUUGCAAAAUUAUCAGCAAUCAAUAUUUCAUGUCUUGAACUUGGUGGCCUAACAUUAUCAUCAUCGGCUAUAAAAUUGCUCGGUGAUUGUGGUGCCCAGAAACUUCAAUGUUUACGUAUUUAUGACUGUUUAAAUGUCAAUGAUGAAGCCAUUAAAUUGUUUGGUCAACGAUUUGGAAAAACUAUUGCUCAUCUUGAAAUGUUGGGCAAUACUGGCGUAACGGAUGUCGGUUUGAAAGCAUUAAUCUCGUCGAUUGGUAAUCUUGAAGUUUUACAUCUUGAUAAUGCCAUUGGUUUGUUGGCUGAACAUCGUGAAACAAUAACCAAUAUGCGACAUGUUUGGUCACGUAUCAAUGGUGAUGAAUUGGAAAAGCUGUCACAAUUUACGGCCAAAUAUGCACAAUAUUUACGUCAUCUAGACAUUACGUUUGCUAACACCAAAGAAAAGACACCUGAAUUUAUCCGAUUGCUCGAAAAUUUGACCGGUUUAACUAAAUUAUCAAUAACUUGUACGGCAAAUGUUGCCAUUGAAAAAGAAUUGGCACAAUUAUUAACAAAACUGUCGGUCAAUUUAACCACGGUAAACAUUUGUGUUUGGAUGGGCGAUGGUGAUGUACUUAUCGAUGCCAUAGGUAAACUUCCGAAACUUGUACAAUUAACAUUGAAUGGUCGAUCACCAAUGCGUCAUAUUGAUUUUCGUAUCAACAAAACGCUUGUGCCAAUGGCAAAUUUGAAAGAUUUGAAAAACUGUCGUUUGAUUCUUAAAAAUCAUUCAAAAACAUUAUUGGAUAAAUUUGCCACUCAUUUGCCUAAAUUAGAAACUUUGGAACUCGAAGGUCUUGACAUUGAUGAUCAAGCAUUGUCUAAUCUAUCUGGUCUAGAUAAUCUUACAUUUUUGGAUAUUGUUUCACCAACGAUAACGGAUACUGGAAUGGCUGCAUUAAUACCUAAACUACCGAAUCUGACAUUUUUACGUAUCAAUGAUUUUGGUACGGAUAAAAUCUGGAACAAAACAUUGGAUUCAAUCAUUGGUGAAGCAAGCCGCCGACAACAAGUACCAAUUGAAAUUGUAUUCACUGAAUCAUGUAAACUAGAUCUAGAAUCUCGUCGUAAUAGUUUACCAAAAAUUUGACCGUUUCUAAACGAAAUUCUACUCAUCUAUUGUCGUUUCCUGGCUCAACACCUAGAGGUUUCUGAAACGAACAACAAAAAAAAUAUAUUCAAAAAUUUAAAUUGAAUUGAUGAUUUUUUCUGUCUGCCUUA